AUGGACCUCUAUGAACAGAGUCAAGCAUCAACAAUCAAUGAAGAGAAAUAUCAGUUGGAAACACGGACAGUGGAAAGAACAUCAAAAGAACACAGACGACGUCAUCCAAACAGUGCAAACAACGUCCACCUCACACCGCCUCUGAAAGGGCCAUGUGUUGAGCUGAGCUCUGUUGGGCUCAAGUUUCGUGGCAACCAGGCCACCUCAGGCGAUGUUCUGCGCGCCCUCAACACGGUUCACAGCGUCCUGAGCGAGCUCGCCGGAAGGAAUGCAUUGGACGAGAAGUUAGCGGAAUACGCCUUUUUUCCGCUGUCGCACAUCUUCAACGAGACGCAGAGGAUUUCCUCUGCCUGCUUGGAGGUAGCCGUAAACUGUUUACGGAUUCUGAUCCUAGAUGGAUGGCGGGAAAAUCUCUCCCCCCAGAUGGGCAAGCAGCUCAUCAUUCUGCUGACGUUGAUUGUCGGCGGUGCUCCGGGUGCUCUCAAUACCAAUCAGUCGGCAAAAUCUCGUCCAGAGGAAUUAUCCAUUGCUGGAUUUAGAUGUCUCGCUGCCACCUUUGAUGUGCUAGGUGGGCCAGUUGCGGAAGAGACCGUAUACCAUGAAAUUGGCACGGCAACUAUCGUUGACCAGACCGUAUACGUCUUGCUGGAGGGUAUCGUCGACGAGCGUUCAGAGGAUCUCUGCAUCGCGGCUGCCGCAGCCUUGCAGGCCCUCUACCGCCGAGUCACUGACCGUGUAGUCCUGGCCAGCAUCAUGCCGCGGACAGUAUCCGCAUUGACGAAAACACUGAAACCGACUACACAGAAACGAAGGACAUACCGGCUGCUUUGCAUAUGUCUCGAGAUUCUUACCGACGUGCUACGAAAGGUUCUCAACGAUAAAGCUGUGGAAUCUACCCCUAGCCCUCCUGAGCCGAAGACCGAAGAUGACCGAGUCGUGCUUGACGGUUCAUGGCUGAAAGCUACGGCUUCUCAGAUCAAGAUCGCCCUUGCCAAUGUCAUCCAACUUCGCCGACAUGAAAGGCCUGAGGUGCAGGAUGCACUACUAUCGCUAUGUCUGAUGGUCAUCGAGGACUGCCAAAAGUCUCUAGAAGACUCCAUUCCUAUAGUCGUGGACUCCAUGGUUGUCCUGGCCGAGAUCGAAGAUGGGGACACACCCAACGAUGCCUACUCGGCUCUAACGCAUACUGCAACAACAUACCCUGUAGUGUUGGAUUCGCUCAAAAACUCCCUCCAUGUUUGGAUCACCGCCUUCCCUCGCACCAUGCAGGGCAAUGACGAAACGGCCAAACAGUGGGCACUGAAACAGAUAUCCACGGCCUACCAGAUACUGUCUCAAAUUCAAUCCGGAUCCGACAUUUUGACGAAUAGUUUGGCAAAUGGAUUAUGUGACAGCGUUGCCGCCGCCGUUAAUCAUGCAGCCAACAAUCUCCAGCCUCUGAGUACGGAAUCAAUGGACAGCCAAAAUUUGGAGGUUUUACACCACGGAAGCCAAAGCAUGACGUUUCCACCGGUCCUCAUGGAACAUCGGAGCCAACAACAAACCCUCAAGGAUCUGCAGUCAAUGGUUGUUCGACUCAAUGCCUCCGAGGCUGGUGGAGACAUCACGCGCCUCAUUAUCAACCGUAUUCACCAUGAGACCGGCUGUGCGAUGGCUGCGCCUUUCUGGUUGGCACUGACCUGCCUCAAGAACAGUCCACCGCUGGCUUCCGCUUUUGAUGACUUCAUCUCCACAGAUCAGCUCGAACCAUCAGGCUCUUUCGCUACACGCUCCAGUAUGAUCGAGGAACUAUAUUACAUCUCGUUGCCCAUACUGAGUGAGCCUCUGCUUGACGACACCAGGGACUGGCGCGUUUCGGCGCUCGCACUGGAAGCAGUCGCCCUCCAGGCACAGCAGCUCGGCGAGGCAUUCCGUCCUGAGCUCAUGGACGCCCUGUACCCCGUCCUCCAACUCCUGGCAUCGAGGAACCCGAACCUCCAGCAACACGCGAUGACCUGCCUCAACAUACUCACAUCCGCCUGUAACUACGACAGCACGAGCACCAUGAUCGUCGAAAAUGUCGAUUACCUCGUCAAUUCCGUUGCGUUGAAGCUGAACACGUUUGACGUCUCGCCGUAUCCUCCCCAGGUGUUGUUCAUGAUGGUCAAGCUCUGCGGUGCGCGACUGAUCCCGUACCUCGAUGACCUCGUCGACUCCAUGUUCAGCAUUCUGGAUCUGUAUCACGGAUACCCUAAGCUCGUGGAGAUGAUGUUCAAAACACUGGCCGCCAUAGUUGACGAAGGAACAAAAUCCCCAUCGUUAUUGGCAAUCGAAAGCGGCAAGCCUAUCAACCACCGCAAGAGGCAGUAUCAAACUAUGCCAAUCUCCAGUCUGGCAGAAGACCUCGCAAAGCGAAAAGCCAAACGCUCGCAGUACUUCGAAGACCUCGAUGAAUCCGACGAGAAGGUCUCCCAUCCAAAACGCCCCUGGACCACAGAGUCAGCCGAAACAGCCAAACAACCAGACGACAUGGACUUCGACCCCGAGCACAUCCCCACCGACGAAUCCGACGAGCCCCUACCUCCUCCCCGCGAUCCCGAAGACCAAGAGAAACCCCUAAGCAAGUCGCACACGCUUCUCCUCCACAUCGUCAAGUCCAUCCCCUCCCACCUCUCAUCCCCAUCUCCAUACCUGCGCCGCUCCCUCCUCUCCAUCCUGAUCCAAGUAUCCCCCGUCUUCGGGGAACACGAAAACAGCUUCCUCCCGCUCAUCAACGACGUCUGGCCUGCCGUGACUGCUCGAAUCACUCUCCCCGCCUCCCUAACCAGCACGUCUUCCUCGUCUGCCCUUUUCAAACCCGACCAAACGCAGGACCCCCACGGCGUCGACUUCCAAGACGAGCUCUUCGUAAGCACGACUGCCUGCCGCGCCGUCGAGGCGCUGUGCAAGAGCGCAGGCGACUUCAUGGCGACACGAGUCGAAAAGGAGUUUCCCCGUUGGGAGCGUCUGUACCAGCGCGUCUGGGAACGCGUCCGCCACGAUGCUGAGAAAGCCGUCGAAAGACGACAAGCGCAGCAGGCGGACGCCGACGCCGACGCGACGUCUCUGGUAUCUUCGCCUGCUCUCAUCUCGUCUCUGUCGCUAGCCACGACGGCCGGUGGUCCCCCGCGCACCUUCACGCCCCAUCACGACCUCUGGCGCGCGCUCAUCUCCCUCUUCAUCACGCUUUUGACGCAUGUCCGGCUCCCGUUGGCGGUCGGCGACCAGAUUUGCGAGUUUGUCGGUGCGUGGGCUGCGCGGUAUGCGGGACCGGAGUACUACUUUGCGUGGGCGUCACGACGACAGUCUUCCUCGCCGGAACACGGCGCAGAGCUUGAGGCGGUUGACAGCGCCCUCGAGGCGAUGGAGACUUGGAAUGUGGAUCUGACCUGGUUUAUUUUCCAGCAACAGAGGGUCCACAUGGCCAAUGCGAUGCCCCGAAUGGCGAAACGCCCAGGACCUGUAAUUAGCGAGGUGGUCGAUGAACCGUUGAAGACGUGGUCGGUGCAAGGAGAUAGUAGGCUGAAGUUUGCGGAUCUGGUGUUUUAG